CAUUUUAAUUGUCAUGGCCAGUAAUACUGACAGUUCCUCUGUGUUUAACUUGUGAGACGGAUGGUUCGGGAUUUUAUGGGAACGUAUAGCCCUGAAUAUUAUCCGUAUUAAAACAAUAUUUAUUAAAAAAAAUUGUGAUUGUAUCCUUCAUUGGAUUAUUUCGAAAUUCGCAGAGGAACUAUUUUCGGAAUGAAUUGUAAGUGUUUAUUUAAUGUCUUGUAUUUCUCAACUUUCGUUCUACUUUCUGCUUCACGAUAUGGAAUUGAAUACAGCAGUGAGCCAAGCGCUUGUGUGACAUGUUUGAACAAUAAGACGUGCCUUGCGCCUGACUGUUUUUGUUGUAGAGAUGAAUUAAGACUGCCAAUUUCUAAAAGAGAUAUACCUCAAAUAGUUUUCUUUACAUUUGAUGAUGCUUUGACUGACUCGGCUACAAAAUUUUAUCAUCGACUAUUCAAUGAAUCCAGAAAAAAUCCGAAUGGAUGUCCGAUAUCCAUGACAUUGUUUGUUUCUCAUCACGAUACCAAAUAUAAUAAUGUAAACCAUUUGUAUAGAAAAGGAAUGGAAAUAGCUGCUCAUAGUGUAUCUCAUGCUCAUAUGAGUAAUGAAAAUUUUAUGAGGGAAGCUAAAAACCAAAAACGAAAUUUAGCAACACUUGGUGGAGUGCCCGAGAACGAAAUUGUUGGCUGGAGAAGUCCAUUCUUGGAACCAGUCGGUGAUAUGCAACCACACGCUCUUAAGACCCUUGGAUAUACUUACGAUGCGACAUUGACUUAUAGCAAACGUUCGCUCAAAGAUAAAGCGCCAACUCCCUUUACCUUAGACUUUGGUUGGCCAUAUGACUGUAAGGUCAAACCUUGUCCAAAACGGCGCCAUUUUGGAUUCUGGGAAGUACCAGUUGUUUCUUUGUUGGAUUAUUUACACAAAUAUGAUUGUGUUUAUGUUGAUGGAUGUAACAACCCGCCACCAGACGAAUCGUCUGCCUAUCAGUUUUUAAUGGAUAACUUUAAUAGCUAUCAUUCAAAGAAUCGUGUGCCUUUUGGAAUUAACAUGCAUCCGUCUUGGUUUUAUAUUCCUGCAAGAUUAAACGCAAUGGACCGUUUUAUUCAGACAUUGUCAAAAAUGGAUGACGUUUUCAUUGUAUCAGUGAAAAAGAUGAUUGAUUGGCUUAAAAAUCCUAUUGGAUUAUCUCAGAUCAAUACCUUUCAACCAUGGCAAUGUCAAAACAAUAACAUGGCUCACAAUUCACAUCAGUCACGCAACAAUCAAAAACCAAAACCCGCAUGGAACAGACAAUCAGACCCAGUCACACGCAGGAGAAACUACAUUAGAGCGCGACUCGAAAAAAUACAAGCAAUGCGAAAACAAUCUCAAAAACAGCAUUCGGACGAUUUAACGAGACUUCAUCAUUCCAAUGAAGCAAGAAAGAAAUGGUGGAGUCAUGAUUCUGCCAGAUACGAAGCAAGUCAUAUUCCAGCCAGACACGAAGCAAGUCAUGUUCCAGCCAGACACGAAGAAACUCAUGUUCCAAAGCCAACAAAACCAGCCGCUAUUGCACCCUGGGUACACAGAAGACAUGACAGACCCGUAAAACAAAAUGCAAGAAGACCUAUGAUUAUAAAAACAAGUCCUACUGCUCAAGUUGUUGCCGAAGUACCUUUUUGGAAAAGGAAGCACAAAACAAACGUCUCACCUAUAAAACAGAAUGAAGAAGUUGCAUGGUGGGAAAAAGCUAUACCGAGAACAAGAAGUUCAAAAGUAGAGAUCGCCAAAAAGAAAGAGUUAAUGAAAACAGAAGAAACAGAAAAUCAUGCAAAACACAGUAUGUCUUCUGAUUAUCCUGUAAGUUUUAUCAGUUCUAAGGAUGGUCGACAGAAAUCACAAGAAUCGUUAAGUGAGAACAAAAUACCUCGUACCGUGGAAAUAAUAUCAGCUAGCUUUCCGUCUCCCCCAAAAGUAGACUUUAAGAAACAGCUGAAAGAACAGGAAUUGAAACAACAACAAAUUAUUGAAAAACAAAAAGAAAUGCAGAAACGUCAACUAAAACUUCAAAUAGAACAAUUAAAAAACAACAACGAAAAAGUGUUCAAAAAGCAAAAAGCAGAAGAGGAUAAAAGAAUGAGGAAUAUUGAACAAAAACAUAGUUUAGUAUUAAACAAACAACAACCCUUUAAUAUGGGUGAAGUAAUAGACACAAAAUUCAAAAAUCCAGCUUCAAAAGUUAUAAUUACAACAGUGUCAGAAGCUUUUGACAAAAUAACGAGCACGAAGUCUCCCAGUGAGGAUAAGUUUUCAUUAAUUGCAGACAAAAACGACAAGUUGGAUCCAUGGACAAGAUUUGUUCAGUUUAUUAUAAGGAAUAAACCAUGAGGAUACUAUAGUAUGCUCUAACAUGUUGUGUUAACAAGGUAUUGGUAUUCAAUAUAUGGGUCUUGGAU